CACUACCGUUGCAGUGUUAGCUUCACAGCGCUCUGAUAUUCCCCGGUUCUGCAUCCACGCUCCCUCAGACAGACGUCCAGCGUAUCAGGCUGGAAUGAACAGUUUUUUGGAAAAACCUCCUUUGACACCUCUAACCGUGACCAGAUGGAAGUCAGUCCCGUUUAUAGGCAGAGUGAUGACAGUCAACAGGACAGGCCCGCUCAUCCCCAGGUUUUCCUAACAGGCGAAGCCCAAAAGAGCGACCACCUUAGGGCGGGACCCUGCGUGGACUUCCCGGUGUCGGUGGUACUUCCUGCCGGGGGAACCGGAGAGAGAACCGGUCUGCAGACACCAAAACAGUUCUGUCCGUUUCUGGGUAGACCGCUUAUAAGCUACACUAUAGAGUCCUUUGAGAGGGUGUCAUGGAUCCAAACCAUCAUGGUUGUUGUUGCUAAGGAAAACAUUGGCUUCAUGAUGGACAUCGUCCAGCAGUUCCAGCACAAUAAGGUCCGAGUGGUACCCGGCGGAUCAACCCGCCACAGGUCUAUCUGCAAUGGAGUCAUGGCUCUGGGGGAGGAGGGGGUCAGGGAGCAGGAGAAGCCAGCAGCCAGCAGCAGACCAAAGGUGGUCAUUAUACACGAUGCUGUGCGCCCUUUUGUGGACGAGGACUUUCUGCACAAGAUAGCAGUGGCUGCCAAAAAGCAAGGAGCAGCUGGGUCUAUCCGACCGCUUGUUUCCACAGUGAUCGCCACAACAUCAGAGGGAUACCUGGAUCAUUCUUUAGAGCGAGCCAAGUACAGGGCCAGCGAAAUGCCUCAGGGAUUCAGAUACGAUGUCAUCUAUCAGGCCUACCAGAGGUGCACCGAGUCAGACUUGGAGUUUGGUACCGAGUGUCUCCAUCUGGCUCUGCAGUACAGCGGCAUCAAUGCCAAACUCAUUGAUGGUCCGCCAACCCUGUGGAAGGUAACCUAUAAACGGGAUUUAGCUGCUGCAGAGUCCAUCAUCAAAGAGACUCUAUCGCAGACAGCUUGCCUGAUAACAGGGGGGUUGGAAGCUGGUGUGACUCUUGCCAAUGUUCUCCAAAAGGCCUUUGGAGCUCUGGAUGUGGAGCUGAAAGUCACACCAGAUCUGAUGGGCGACAACGCCAUGUAUCUGUUAAAAGACUGGAACUUCUUCCAGGUUUCUGUCGACCCUUCUUCCCUUUCAGAAGUGGAGGCCUUACUUGUGGCUUUAGAGGCAGGAAAUCGAGUUCUUCUCAACCCAGCAGUCAUUAUUUGGAUGCAUUUGAGCGUCACGGCAGAGCCGUUUACCAGCAUGCUGGCAGCAGAGUCUGGUGCACUGACGGGCCUGGCCAUAAAGGCCAAACUCCGAAAUAUUCUUCUCUACGGCAUCUGGCUUCAUCAGCCCCAGGACUCAGAGCAGUGGGAGAGGUUGGCGUCACGGGUGGCUGAGAUCGCAUCAGCCUUGAUUCGGGAAAGGAACCCUGUCUUUGUGGGACAGCUCCUGCAGGCAUGAAGUGAGGUGUCAUCAACAAAACAAUCAUCACUCUUAAAAGCCGCUAGACCGAGGCGCCGUGCAAAUGAAGCUGGGUUUUAGAGUAUCCCCAAAACUUCUUGGUCAGACAGGGAAUCUCAUCCACAGGAAGUGGCUGCAAGACCGACUACAUUUGAAACCUCCUCCCAGAGUGGGAAUGUUUGAGGCCACCCCCCAUGGUGGCUCCGUGUGGACAGCCCUAACCGCUUAACCGGCUACAAACUGGCGGGCUUCCCUCCCGCUCCCUCAACAUGCAUGCGCACACUAGCCAAAACGACACCAACAACAAUGGCAGACUUCUGAAUUGCAGUUACAUUAGAUCUAUUCUAUCUGUUGUGUGUUUUACACCAAAAUCUUUUGCUUCUUUAUUGGAAAAUUAUAUCUACUGAUGCUUAA